GCCCUCCUCACUGCCGUCGACAAACGCCUGCAAGAGCUCUCUCCCUCGCAUAAGGGCAAGGAGGCGCGAUCGGACGUACGCGCGUCGAGGCAACUCGCUCGCGACGCUGUGGAAGUAAUCAUAGAGCCUCAUGUACUUGAAUGGAUGGACGACGACGAUUCUCUGACGGGUAUUGAGUUCAUCCUUCGAGCCCUGGCUGAGGUAGACAAUCGGUUUGAGAAGCACCCGGUCUGGAAUACCGCCCCCACCGCGCUGCAAGCACUCGCGAAGAAACUAGGCGAACUCCCUUGCCUCCUCAUUCACGGGAAGGAAGCCUGCUCCACGGAGUCCCACCAGCCCGACCUAGGUUUCGCUGCCGUGUACCUCAAGGUAGCCUUUCGCAUUCUCGAAAACGACACCGGCAGUUCCGACAGACUCGAAGUCGCCGUACGCGCCGCCGUAUACGAUUCACUAGGCAAGUCCCUCCGGCAUCACACCGCAGUCACGGAUGAGCGCAUGUUCGAUGAUAUCCUUGGCUUCAUUACGCGAGGGAUGCGAGACCCGGAGCGCCUCGUCCGGCUUGCUGCUGGUCGUGCGUUGGUUGACCUUGUUAAGCUCGUACAACGCCUGGACGACAGAGUUGCCGAACUCAUCUUGGCCAUCUUCCAGAAGAUCAAUGGUCUCCUCCGGCACACAGAGAAUAGGAUCAAGGAGACGACAGCAGUCACUGUUAGCCUGAUUGGAAAGGCUUCUACAGGCAUUGCAUUGCGAGAGAGCGUGUGCGCACUGGUCACGCAGCUGUGUGAGCAUAACCCAGUCCUCAAAGGGGGUGCAGUGCUCCAGCUCCAUACACUGGUCAAACAUCAUCAGAAGUCACCCUAUAGCCUGACCGCCCCGUAUCUCAACCGCAUAGCGCCAUACCUCGUGCACAGGCUCAAGACGCAUCCAGAGGGUGUCCAGGAGUUCUGCCAUUUCCUCUCCGUUUCGCAGCACGACUUUGUGAACUUGACCCUCAAGCACACGCUACCUCAGCUGUUUGCAGACAGCGACUUGAAAGGGCUCCAGGCCGUCGCGUUAGAGAUGUCGACAAAUGUUGCUAUGCUGGUGCUCGACAACACUCAUCACAUCCUGGCCCAUACGUUCAUGCUGCAAGCCGUCGGUCAUACGAACAAGACGCUCCAUUUCAUCCUGAACGUACUCAAGGCAGCCGCGACCGGGGCUAACACGCUAAGCAUCACGACAAUUGUGGAUAGCUGCAACGUCCUCCUCUUGACUGAGAUCGUUGUAUGUCUUGGGGACGAUGAUCCAGAUGUCGUCGACGCAGCAAGUCAAGGCCUCCGUAAGGUCGCACGUUUGCUCGCACCGCAAAAGUCUAAGCUGGCUAGCGGUUCCGACGAAGAGUAUGCGGCUUGCAUGAAGGAACACAUGCUGGGCGUCAUCUCGACUUUGAACGACAUGCUACAGGAGGUUCACGGGAAACAGUCGAUCGAGUCGAAGCAGAAGAUCCUGAGAAGCUUUGGCGAGUUCGCGAAGCAGGUUGGUUCCGCGAUCAGCAACGUCGCCCCACAGAUCAUGGCAACGUUGCAGACCACUCUGAUCAUCCCACAACUCUCCGACGCGGCUCUACAGAGUUGGCAUGCCUUCCUCGCAAUGUUGGAGCCCGCCGACAUCGGUCCUCAUGUGGGACCUACGAGCGCAUCCUUCGUGGCUUCCUGGUCUCUGUUCUCCGAUCGCGGUCGCCAGGCGGCUAAGCAAUGUCUGGACUACAUGGUCCUGAACCGUGGUCAAGAACUCGGUCCUUAUCUCAAGGAAGUCGCCGAUCUCAGUUCCAUACCUGAGCUCGCCGAAACGAACGCGGCGCUGAAGGACCUGAGGUCGGCCUGGACGCCACAACAGAGGUUGACCGCCCUGCUAGAGCGUCUGGACAGCGAGAGCUUGGCCGUCGCUAUUCAGUCGGCGGUGGAGCUGAAGGCGUUCUUGUCGGAGGCAGACGAAGAGUACAUUCGGUCCCUCACCUUCGGCGACGUUUUCGACCCACUCGUCGGGCAUCUCGUCGCUGCUCUCUAUCGUGCGGCGUGUAGAGAUGGCGAAGGAAUGCAGACGCUCCACGACCUUGCCUUCGACUGCAUCGGUAUCGUUGGCGCUAUCGACCCUGAUAGAUUUGAACUGCGCGUCAACGACAACCGGAUGAUCAUGCUCAGCAACUUCACGGACGAGGCGGAGUCCAUGGCGUUCGCCAUGCACCUCAUUCGCGACGUCCUCGUCGGCGCCUUCCGUUCGACCAGCGACAUCAAGUAUCAAAGUUACCUCGCAUAUGCCAUCCAACAGCUCCUACAGUUCUGCAAGUUCCCACCGGCCCUCGUCAACCCCGGGGGUUCGAACUCUGUCCCUAUUAGGGUCCGGAAUCGCUGGAACAGCCUUCCCAAGCAUGUCCUCGAGACGGUCUCCCCCCUGCUAGAAACUCGUUUCAGCUUGGAGAUUCGUCCGCUCAAGCCCCUUGCGUACCCCAUAUAUCCACACCAUGCUACGUAUCGCCAAUGGGUACAGGCGUGGACUAGUGAUCUGAUCCAGAAGGUCUCGGGUACUGGCGCGGCGCAGAUCUUCCAGGUCUUCACCUCAGUAGUGCGCAACAAGGACGUCGGUGUUGCGCAUCACAUUCUACCGCAUCUGGUCUUGAACAUUCUAGCCUCUGGGGAGUCUGACGAUGGAGCCAUUCGGAUGGAGCUAUUGUCUGUGUUGGAGGACCAGGUCAAUCCGAAUAGUCGUUCUUCCCCCGACAAGAAGCUCCUCAGUGCACAGAUCGUCUUCAUGCUCCUCGAUCACCUCAACAAGUGGCUUCGCGCCGUUCGUCAAGACCUUGCCAGGCAGAAGGCGGACGCCAACAGCAAUCGACGGGUGUCCAGGAACUCCCAGAUCAGCAGUGACGCUGGCGAACAGAUGAUGAGGAUCGACUCCCUUUUGGAGAGCAUCGACCAAGGCCUCAUGGCAGAUGCGGCGUUCCAGUGCAAGGCCUACGCGCGGUCGUUGAUGAACCUCGAACAACGCCUUAUGGCCUACCGCUUACGCGAUGCUAGGGCCAAACGCGACGCGGAGCAGCGUGGAGAUGCUGACGCAGUGCGCGCCAUCGAGUCGACCAACUACCAGGACCAGUAUGAACGCCUGCACGAGCUAUAUGCGCACCUCGACGAGCCAGAUGGGAUGGAGGGUGUGUCUACUGUGAUUUUGUCGCCGUCUCUAGAACAUCAGAUUCGCCAGCACGAGAGCACAGGCGCAUGGACUUCUGCGCAGAGCUGUUGGGAAGUGCGAUUGCAGUACGAACCAGACAACCUCGAGUACCACCUCGGCUUGCUACGAUGCUUGAGAAACCUUGGUCAUUACGACACCCUACGCACACACGUAAUGGGGGUGUUGACCCAACAUCCCGAGUGGAGUGCGGACCUCGUCGGUUACCAGAUCGAAAGCGAGUGGAUGGUAGGCCGUUGGGAUGAUGUGCAGGCGCUUGUUGAGAAGACGGAUGCUCGUUCACCAGCAGUCCAUUUGGGACAGAUCUUACUCGCCAUGCGCACGGGCGACGCCUCAGCGGUGACUUCUUCCCUCCUAGAGGCGCGGAGGGUUCUGGGGGCGUCCAUCACAGCAACCGGCGCAAGCGGAUAUCGUCGUUCCUAUGAUGCCGUGCUCAAUCUGCAUCUUGUCCAUGAGCUGGGGGUCAUCCACGAUGUCGUGAAAGGUCUCCGAGCAGGUCCUAUAGGCGCCAGCCAAAGGAGCGACCAAACUUUCCAGAACCUUUUGCAGCGUCUCUCCGCUCGGUUUGACUCGACACUGCCCACAUUCCGAAUUCGAGAGCCUAUCUUGAACAUGCGGAGGACAGCUUUCAAUCUCAGCGGAUCUCAUAGCGAAGGGGUCAAGGACGCCACUGGAAAAUCGUGGCUGACGAGUUCGAAGAUCGCGCGGAAGGCGGGACACACCCAGACUGCAUACAGCGCGAUCCUGCAAGCUCAGCGCUGCAACACUCCGUACUCGUUCGUUGAGAACGCGAAGCUCGUCAGGACGCGAGAAGACCCAUUGCGCGCCCUCCAAGAGCUCGAAAAGGCGAUGCGCCUCUCCGGUUUUCUACCUCCGGAGCGAAGCCAAGGGCAGGACGCUGUCAUCGAUUUGACGCUGCUCAGUUUACAACUUGCACAGAUCCACGUGCUACGAGCUCGCUACAUGGACCAUUCAGACCGGUUCGAGGAUUCCAGGGUUUGCAAAGAGUUCCGCAGAGCGACCGAGAUGUGGCCAAAAUGGGAAAGUGGUCAGUUUCACCUUGGCCAGUUCCAGGACGACUGUUUCAAGGCUCUACCGCCCGCCGACAAGAAGACCAGGGGCAUGAAGAUGAAUUUUCAGACUGUGCGAUGCUUCGUACGCGCCAUCCGAUACGGAUCGAAAUACAUCUACCAGACCUUGCCUCGCGUGUUGACUAUCUGGCUCGACCUCGCCGAGGACCCACGUACUAAUUCUGGCGACAUAUUCAAGAAGAUCAACGACGAAGUAAAUCGUGCUAUCAAGACAGCCCCAACGUAUAAAUGGUAUACGGCGUUUCCGCAGAUCGUUUCUCGCAUAGGAGUUCAGCAUCAGUCAGCAUACGACGUCCUUGCCGUCCUUCUCUAUACGGUCAUACAAGAGUACCCGAAGCAGGCGCUGUGGCUCUUUUCGGCCGUAGCGAAAUCGACAGAUCCUCAACGAGCGAACAGGAGCAAGAUCAUUCUGAACAAGCUCCGGAGUGUGAACAAGAACAAUGUGCCCGCACUCAUCUCGACUAUGACCAAGAUGACCGCAGAUCUGCUGAAACUGAGCAAGCUCGAAGCUACGGAUAAGAAGCCCCUCAGUAUGGCGAGAGUAUGCGGGGAACUGCUCAAGCUCAUGCCCUCCGCCGUCCUCAUUCCACUACAAGAAUCCCUCACGGCCAGUGUUCCUCCUACCUCCGCGUUGGAUGCGCAACAUAAACCGUUCCCUGUAAACGCACCCACGUUCGCCCGGAUCCACGACGAGCUCGAGGUUAUGAGCUCAAUGGCGAAGCCGAAGAAGAUGACAAUCCAAGGGAGCGACGGACUGAUUUACACGUUCCUGGCGAAGAAAGACGAUCUGCGCAAGGACAGUCGGCUAAUGGAUUUCGAUGCCAUUCUCAACAAGCUCCUCAAGUCGGAUACAGACUCGCGUCGCCGCCAACUUCACAUCCGUACAUACGGAGUGGUCUCGCUGAACGAAGAGGCUGGCUUGAUCCAAUGGGUACCCAACACGGCUCCCAUCAGACCGAUUCUCCUCAGACUGUACGAUCGUCAAGGCAUACAGAGCUGGAACAACACAAUACGACAGGCCUUCGACCAGGUCAAGACGACUACGGAACACGAUGAGGCCGCCAAGAUAUUUUCCAACAAAGUCCUAUCACACUUCCCGCCGAUCAUGCACGAGUGGUUCAUAGAGACGUUCCCGGAGCCCUCCGUUUGGCUUGCAAGUCGGACAGCGUACAGCCGUACGACGGCCGUGAUGUCUAUGGUUGGAUACAUUCUAGGCCUGGGCGAUCGGCAUUGCGAGAACAUCCUACUCGAUACCAAUUGCGGAGACGCGGUUCACGUCGACUUCGACUGUCUGUUCGAGAAGGGACAAGCUUUGGAGACACCUGAGGUUGUCCCAUUCAGGUUGACGCAGAACAUCAUCGAUGGAUUCGGCGUAACGGGGGUAGAAGGCGUGUUCCGUAUCUCUUGCGAGGUCACCUUGCGGCUUCUGAGAGAGAACAAAGACUGUCUGAUGAACGUCCUCGAUGCCUUCGUGCACGAUCCACUUGUCGAGUGGGCGGACAAACUCCGACGGCUCACUCGUGCAAAUCCUCUCGUGGACAUGCGCACCGUAUCCCAAGACGCGUUGGGACCUAUCGAGGAGAAGCUGCAAGGGAUCUUCAAGCUUCACAAGUCGAGUCCGGGGAGGCAGCUCUCGGUCAGCAAUCAUGUCCAAAGCUUGAUCCUGCAGGCGAGCGACAAUCAGAACUUGUGUAGAAUGUAUAUAGGAUGGGCUCCCUAUCACUGACCUUUUCUUUCUGGCUAUUGCGGACAUCGAUCUUCUGUAGAAUAUUCACUGACCACGCUGCGCUGUAUUAUACACCACUGACCCACUGUACUCGUACAAAACAUACCAUGCCAUCUGUUACGACGCCUGCGUUGCGCUCUCGAUCUCUUUCUUCAGCUGGCUCAACUCCGCCUCCUUAUUGAGUACCUGCAGCUGCAGCCUUUGGUACUCCUUCGCGAGCUGUAUACGCGCGGCCUCGAGCCUCUCCGCCUCGUCCUUCUCCAUCUCUUGCGUGAACUCCGGCACGCCGCCCUUGGACGCUUCGAGCGAGCCGGGGUUGGCUGUGUGGAAUGGCACCGGACGUCGCUUGGUCCUGGGCAGCGGCUUCGGCGGGUGCGCGGUGAGGAUGUUGAGGAACGCCUGGUACGGCUCGUGGAAGACGAUCUCGUCGUAUUGCCAGGAGUGCACCGGGCCCAUCUUGGCGGCAACAUCGAGUGGCGGGAUCUCGGGCUCGCCGCUGCCCGGGGCAGUCCAAGGGUGAAGCUUCAGGUGGUGGUAGAACGUGAUCGACUUCUCGCCGGACUCUUGCACGAACAUGAUACGGAUGGUGAUCUCAAAUUCACCCCAGCCCGUUUCCGAGACUUCAAAGGGGGGCUUGUCGACCGUUCGGUUGGGGUUCGUGUACGUGUCGUGCAGCUUGAACGUCACGCGCUUUAUGAAAUGACUGAGGUCAUCCGCACCCCCAACGAUGUCUGAGUCGGGGGCAGACGUCGCGCUUCGCACCGCGACUGUCCACCGAUGUGUGUGGUCUGGGGUGGGCAGCGCCUCCCGCUCCUUUUGUGUCAACACCCAGGCGGUGUUCCCAUAGAUGAUAGGACGGUGUAUGUCAAGUCCCUUGACGCGGACGCGAUCGCUGGAGGCCAUGGCGGUCGAGACGAGCCGCGCC